CUCAUCCGCUGCCGCCGCUGCCCUGAAGAGAGUCCGCCACCGUCGCCACCCUUGAGGAUCCGAGAGCCAUGUCGGCCAGCAGCCUCUUGGAGCAGAGACCAAAAGGUCAAGGAAACAAAGUACAAAAUGGAUCUGUACAUCAAAAGGAUGGAUUGAACGAUGACGGCUUUGAACCUUACCUGAGUCCACAGGCAAGGCCCAAUAAUGUAUAUACUGCCAUGUCAGACUCAUACUUACCCAGUUACUACAGUCCCUCUAUUGGCUUUUCUUAUUCUUUGGGUGAAGCCGCUUGGUCUACUGGGGGUGACACAGCCAUGCCAUAUCUAAUUUCUUAUGGACAACUGAGCAACGGAGAGCCCCACUUCCUACCAGAUGCAAUGUUUGGGCAACCAGGAGCCCUAGGUGGCACUCCAUUUCUUGGUCAGCAUGGUUUUUAUUUCUUUCCCAGUGGGAUUGACUUCUCAGCAUGGGGAAAUAAGAGUUCUCAGGGACAGUCUACUCAGAGCUCUGGAUAUAGUACCAAUUAUGCUUAUGCACCUAGCUCCUUAGGCGGAGCCAUGAUUGAUGGACAGUCAGCUUUUGCCAAUGAGACCCUCAAUAAGGCUCCUGGAAUGAAUACUAUAGAACAAGGGAUGGCGGCACUGAAGCUGGGUAGCACAGAAGUUGCAAGCAGCGUUCCAAAAGUUGUAGGUUCUGCUGUUGGUAGUGGGUCCAUUACCAGUAACAUCGUGGCUUCCAAUAUUUUGCCUCCAGCUACCAUUGCUCCUCCAAAACCAGCAUCUUGGGCUGAUAUUGCUAGCAAGCCUGCAAAACAGCAACCUAAGUUGAAGACCAAGAAUGGCAUUGCAGGAUCAAGUCUUCCACCACCCCCAAUAAAGCAUAACAUGGAUACUGGAACUUGGGAUAAUAAGGGUCCUGUGGCAAAAGCCCCUUCGCAGGCUUUGGUUCAGAAUAUAGGUCAGCCAACUCAGGGUUCUCCUCAGCCUGUAGGUCAACAGGCCAACAACAAUAGCCCACCAGUGGCUCAGACAUCAGUAGGGCAACAGACACAGCCAUUGCCUCCACCUCCACCACAGCCUGCCCAGCUCUCAGUCCAGCAACAAGCAGCUCAGCCAACCCGUAGGGUAGCACCUCGGAACCGUGGCAGUGGGUUCGGUCAUAAUGGGGUGGAUGGUAAUGGAGUAGGACAGUCUCAGGCUGGUUCUGGAUCUACUCCUUCAGAACCUCAUCCAGUGUUGGAGAAACUGCGGUCCAUUAAUAACUAUAACCCUAAGGAUUUUUACUGGAAUCUGAAACAUGGCUGGGUUUUCAUCAUUAAGAGCUACUCUGAGGACGAUAUCCACCGGUCCAUUAAAUAUAACAUCUGGUGCAGCACAGAGCAUGGUAACAGACUGGAUGCCGCUUACCGGUCCAUGAACGGGAAAGGCCCUGUUUACUUACUUUUCAGUGUCAACAGCAGUGGACACUUCUGUGGAGUUGCAGAAAUGAAAUCUGCUGUGGACUACAAUACAUGUGCAGGUGUGUGGUCCCAGGACAAAUGGAAGGGUCGUUUUGAUGUCAGAUGGAUUUUUGUGAAGGACGUUCCCAAUAGCCAGCUGCGACACAUUCGCCUGGAGAACAACAAGAAUAAAGCAGUGACCAACUCUAGGGACACUCAGGAAGUGCCUCUGGAAAAAGCUAAGCAGGUGUUGAAAAUCAUAGCCAGCUACAAGCACACCACUUCCAUUUUUGAUGACUUCUCACACUAUGAGAAACGCCAAGAGGAAGAAGAAAGUGUUAAAAAGGAACGCGAAGGUUGUGGGAAAUAAAAGCAGUUCUGCACUGACUGCAGCAACGGUUGCGUCUGCAUAUCCUAAAUGGAAAAGAUGACCUUCAAGAUAAUUAGGACUUGUUUCUUAAUUUCAUUGACUUCAGAGACGAUUGCAGACUUGCAGUUUAAGUAUUGGAAUUUCACAAAAGACAUAGGACUUAACUGGAAAAUGGAAAAAAAGAAAAAGAAAAAGAAAAAGAAAAAAAAAAACUAAACAAAAAAUCCCUCUAGGUAGUUUAGGU